AUGUACAUCCAAGGUGCCAUCGGUAACUCCAACGAGACCGGUCUCUCUUUGAUCACAAAUACAUCGGUACAGAUUUCGAAAAAGACGUCGCGAUUAGAAGUACGCAUCGUUUUGGACCUGCUCCACCUUGAAGAAUGCUAUCCACCUCUGGUUUUAUCUGCAUGUCAAUACCAGACCUCUUUCGCCGACGAGAACACGCCUCAUGCGAAAUGCAAGUGUAGACACUCUUGCGACGUUCUGACGGCCCAUACCGACGAGAUCCUGGAGAACAUAAUUGCUCAGGCUAAAACGGAGCCAUCUACAAGAAUCGUGGCUUCGAGUAUGGAGGCGGAAAUGUGGCGAAGCCAAGGGAGAGCUGCAGAUGAUAUUUUUAAAUUCUUGCGACUCGACAAAGCAGGUGAUGACCUGUUUGAUGCCCGCACAGCUGACACUUUGGUCUCUUACGUUGAAAGACUCAACAAGUACGAGAAGCACCCCAAAGAAUACGCUGCUAUUUUGGAGCUCCAAAAACGCUUCGACUACGUGGACCUCGCACGAAUGCUUAGCAAUGCUAAGGUCCAAGCCAAGAUGAAAGGACAUCCUGAAGAACGUCUCAACAGUUUGCGGAACCAGCAGUUCGAUCAGUGGAUGAACGAAAAGGGUUUGGAUCCGGAAAAAGUCGCCACACUGGUAGCCAAGCAGCCGCAUGACACAAGAAACAACGGUGUCAUCCUCGAUUUCGUCGACUUCUACAAAGCCAAUAGUGGAUCGCCGUUCUACUAA